UUUCCCAACAGCCCCCGCCUCAGCUCUGCUGCCGGCGUCCUUCAGCGCGGAGGGGAGAUGGCGUCCGCCACCCGGCUCAUCCAGUCGCUGCGGAACUGGGCCUCCGGGCAAAACCUGCAGGCGAAGCUGCAGCUGCGCUACCAGGAGAUCGCCAAGCGAACUCAGCCUCCUCCCAGGCUCCCUGUGGGCCCCAGCCACAAGCUCUCCAACAAUUACUACUGUACCCGUGACGGCCGCAGGGAAGCCACACCACCUUCCAUUGUCAUGUCCUCACAGAAGGCGCUGGUGUCAGGCAAGCCAGCAGAAAGCUCAGCUUUGGCAGCCACUGAGAAGAAGGCGGUGACACCAGCUCCUCCCAUACAGAAGUGGGAGCUGUCCCAGGACCAGCCUUAUCUGUGAUACUGCUCUGGGCCACCUGACUGUGCCCUCCUUGUCUUCCAUUCUGGGAGAACGUGACCUGACUUAUGACAAAUAUAUUAUAUUGUGCUCUCUA